UAGAUAUGUAGGGUUAUGUUUUUAUUUUAUUUAUAAAUAAGUAUUUAAUAUUUUAUUAGUUUUAAUUAUAUGUUAUGUUUAUUAUACAAUGGAUUCUCUAAAGUCACCACACUCAACCUAUAAAAACUCACAAAGUUGGACUGAUGACUUACCAGUUUGUAAGAACACUGGAAUAGGAUAUUCAACUAACCAAAUUUAUAGAGAGGAUGGAAACCCCCAAGAAGAACAUACUUAUGAAGACUGCAGUUGUCACUUUAAAUUUAAUGAGGGUUUCUAUUGGUAUUCAGUGUUUGAUGGUCAUGAAGGUAAGAGGGCUGCUGACUUCUGCUGCCAGAGGAUGACUGCUGAAAUCUACUUUUCCCAACCAAUGGAAAAUCAGUCUGAUGAAGAAGUCAAAGAACUGCUGAAUCAAGCUUUUAUGACAGUAGAAAAGGGUUACAUGCAGAGUUUGGAAGAUUUAUUAGCUGAAAGAACAAGUUUGAUGUAUGAUAUACCUGAAGGCCUAACUCAAUAUGAAGCUUAUCAGAAAGUACCACACAUAGUUCAAAAUAUAAACAAAAUAAACUAUGAAUUGUCUUCGGGAUCAGCUGCAGCAGUAGCUCUGAUCCAUAAUAAUAAACUGUAUGUAGCAAAUGUUGGUAAUUGUAGAGUUUUAUUGUGCCAAACAGAUCUCAAUGCAGUUCUUAAAGUGGUACAGCUGAGUGUAGAUCAUGAUCUGAAAAAUGAAGAUGAACUUCUUCGAUUAUCCCAACUAGGAAUAAAUUUAAAAAGCCUUAGAAAGAGUACUAGAUUAGGAAACCAAGAAAAUACUCGCUGUUUGGGUAAUUACAUUAUUAAGGAAGGCUAUAGAGAUUUUGAAGAUUUAGCUAUGGCAUCAGAAGAACCAAUAAUUGCCCAGCCGGACAUUCACGGAGGAAUCGUCUUGGAUGAAUCAUCAAGGUUUCUCUUACUUAUGUCAGCUGGUCUUUAUAAAUCUAUAGAGGAGGCUACAGGGACAGAUCAAGUUAAUAAAUAUAUUGCUCAAUGUGUUGUUGAACAGUUCCGUGAACAAGCCACUUUAACAGGAGUAGCCCAAGCAGUAGUAGAUAAAGCAGUUCGUCUUCACCAUGACUGGUACAUGUCGAAUUCGCUGAACAAUUCGUUUUCUCCAAAACGUGAAGAUAUUACUCUCGUUCUUAGAAACUUUAAUUACCCCUUGCCCAACGCUAUAACAUCACCUACAAAUCCCUCGGUUUCAUUUAAUCCUAUUGUUACCAAAAAUACAAUUUCAGAUAGAUAUAGUUCAGCAUCUAUUGCUACGGUUGGUAGUGGAAACAGUGAUAGUACCACCAUUACUAACAAAACCAACGACACUUCAAGUAGUAGAGAUGUUAAAAUUGAUGAUGACAUCGGAUCUGAUCAGAAAAUUGAAGCUUACGUUGACUUCUCCGAUUUUUAUAGGAAUUAUAGCAAGGCAAAGAAAAAUGGAACGUUGCCGGAGGGAUUGGACUUUUAAAUUGACAAACGCUCCAAUGAAGUGCCUGGAAUCGGACAACUGAAGAUCUUCGAGAAUCUUAUUUUUUUCAUCUUCAACAAUUUUGGCAAAUUUGUAUGUUUUAGUCAUUCUCAAAAGAAUAAUUGGGCUUAAGUUCCUCCAAUUCUGCUUUUAUAAUUGCCCAGGGUCAAGAGAUUUUGCAUUUGUUAGAAGACUGUUCAGGCUAUUUUUGUACAAAUACUGUUUAAUUUGAGUGCUCUUUGUCUAAAAUAGUAUGUGAUCGAUUGUAGUAGCAUUGAAAAAAUAAUUUAUUGGUUUCUCAAAUAAGUAUACUUAAGCACGAAAUUUUACACCAAGAUGACUAAAGUGUUAACUCAAUUUCAGUUGAUCCAAAUUUAUAUGCUUUUAAUUAGCAGCAUCAACAUUGUCUUCCCAGCAAGGAAAUAACGCAUGUAUUUCUAAUCCUUUAGCAACAAUAUGUUGUAAUAUAAUCCAAUUAUAAAAUAUCUCGAAAGUAAAAAAGGAAGUUAAUGGGAAACUACAUUAAUUAGAAUAAUUGUAAUUGAACAAGUAUUAUUUAUUCAUUGAAAUUCAGGUCUUCACUGAUCCAGCUGUGUAGGUAUUUGAAAUUAUAUCAUUGAUGUUUCGUAUAAAUUGAUGUGAAUAGGUUGAUUUGGGUUUCUACUGCCAAAACUUUUGUUUUCAUAUUGUUUUUGAUGAAGAUAUUAUAUUGAAUAGUUUCUGUAAGUAUUUAGACCUUUUUGUGGUUAUACAUUCUCGUCUUGAUCUUCUAGAGGGCUGCCAGAUUCUCUUCAAAGUGGGUAGUUGACUAGGUUCAUUAAUUGAGGUGCACACUAACCAGAAAAAUAUUUCAAACUCAACAGGUGUAAAAUUCACUCGGAAACUGUGAUUGUUAACUGGAAGGGGCCAGUGAAUCGAACAGACAGAUUAAUGUGCAGCAAGAGAUAGGGUCUCGAGACCCGGUGUCUCUCAUCGAAUGAUCUCUCCCGGAUGGAUUUGAAACGCUAUAUAAUCCAAUCAUAUAAUAACUAUGUCAUUAGCAAAGCAAAGAAAGAGUUUUCCUUUUUGGAUGUCAUUUUAAUUUGUAGUUAAUUCCCCGUCAGAGUUAAUUAACGAAGACAUUGAUAUCUUUUUGAUUUGAUCGCUUUUACAUAUAUUUAAAAAGAUAAUUGACUAUUAUAUUUUACCAGUUUUAUUACAAGUAUACUAGAUUAGCAAAUUUUGUGAUUUAAUAAUUAUUUUUGAUAAUUUUUCA